UUGGGCUUCUUUUACACUGUUGCCGCGGUUGUUUUUUAAGUGCACGGGUUGAAGCCCGUAUAUUAAUAAUAUUAUAAUUAUAAUAUAUUAUAUAAUUAUAAUAUAUUAAUAAUAUUAAAAUUAAUAUUUUAAUAUUAUUAAAAUAAUAAUAUUAUUUUAAUUAUUUGGCCGUUAUUUAGCAUUUGGGCUGGUUUUGUUGUGCAGACCUGGCAACCCUGCAUAGCAGAGAGGCUGUUCUCAAGAAAUAAUGUCAAAUCUAAGGAAAAUAACCAAGGUGGUGCUGCCCGUGGCAGUGCCUGGAGCCCUUGGCCUGAUGUCUGCCACUGUUUUUGCUGCAAGCGAGGCCAAAGAAAAUAACACCACCCUGAUGACUGAUGAGCUUUCACUCUAUAACAUGCCUGAGUCCCAGCUGAGGUACGAGGAGCCCGAGGUUGGUCAUGUUCAGCAGGGUGUGGCGUCUGUGAGAAAGACGGUGGAACCUUAUAUUUCAUGGUGUCAGGAAAAGACACAGUUUACUGUGGAGAAAGUACAGUCUUACUACAAGACUGUUGAGCCUGGUGUGAAUACCACUCAAAAUAUUGUAAAGGAUAUAUAUGCAUUUUUGAAUGACCCUCCAUCUGAGUUCUACCCCAGUGUGGGUGUUAUAGGGUUUUCUGGAAUUCUUGGACUUUAUUUUGCAAAAGGCAGCAUAGUCAAGAGACUGAUAUUCCCCACUGGGCUCAUGGCUCUCAGCGCCUCCAUGUUCUACCCACAACAUGCCGUCUCCGUUGCCAGGACCACAAAAGACUACAUAUUUUCCUUGAGUUCAGAAGGGCGAGUUGUUUUGGAAGAGCUGCUGAGAGGGAAGUCACCAUCCAAGGACAAAGUUGAGAAGACACAGAAAACAGAAAGCCAAAAAUCAAGUUGAGACAAAGCAGUAAGUUUUAUGAGAAGUUCCUGCUUUGCACCUGGAUUGUGUUCUCUUAUCAACACACCGAUCAGUUUAGUGGUAUUUGCUAUAUUAUUGCAUUGAAUGUUUACUGAAACUGUAUUUUUGACUUUUCUGUGCACUAUAUAAAUUUACUUUAUAAAUGUACACUGCGGUAGCAACCAUUUGGACCAACCUGAAAAAGAAAAUGACCUGCACUGUGAAAUUUCCAGACAUUUUUCAGCAACUCAGUGACGUUUAAGUCUUACUGACGGGUCCAAUUGUAUUUCCAGAGUAUUCUACACCAGUAUUGGCAUUGCAUUCUCUAGAGAGCUUUCCAGUGUAGUUAAACAAAGAUCAAAUUUCAAACUUGCAUAUGAUCAUCACACUUACCAUUUCACAAACCACAUUGAUAAGAGUCUGUCCCAUGCAACAUGAACUUUGCUUAGUCUGGACCUAAACAAAAGGAACAUUCUGCAAAGUACAGCACCAUCAAGGAUACAAUCCAUUCUCUGUUCAUUUACAGCACAGUGCAGUAAGUAGUCUGCUUUUACCAUUAUGACUUCCACAUUUGUACUACAAGAAAAUCCUGAAGGUGGUAUCUUAUGCAUAUAAUGAAAUACAAAUACUUUUUAGAUAUUUUUUAUUUUAUUUUCAAUGCAUUCAAUUAAUAAAUGACUAUUGAAAAGCUAAUCUGACAUGCAAACUACAAAAUAAGUACUACUAUAAUUUAAUCUCAAGAGUAAACUGCUGUAUGUUAACAUGAUUAAGAGUGUCUAAAAUAUUUAAAAGUAAUUAAAGUCUUUUUUUUAAACUGA